AUGAACUUCCGUUGGCUGGCAGACUCGUGGGAAGAGAGAGCCGUUAAUCUGCGGCAUUCCAGUCUCUCGGUCUGGCACUUCUUGUGGCUUCUUACUGUCCAAUCUGAACAUGUUUCAGAUUCAAGCGCUGAAAGUUUGCACUUAUUCGCCUGGGUGUUUCGGAAGUGCAGGGCGAUCACUAUUCUGCGACUGCUGACUCGUUCGUACCGCAACGACGGAAAUGGAAGAGCUGGUGCCGAGCGCAUGAAGAUUCCUGCAACGACUUCUCACUGGCUCGAAGGCGAUGCGGGCAAUCUGCCACUGUCUGGCUCCUUUCAAGGCCUUCGGGCCUCUCGGGUAGCUCAUCUGGCUCGGUCUGUCGCUGGGAGUCGUCGAUCCCUGGCUCGUCUAUCCGUUACGGGCUCGUCACUGGUUGUGCUCAGCUGCGAGGCCGAUCCAAUCAUGUCCGUCUAUCGCGGUGGCAAGGCAUGGAUCCACCAAUCGUUCGGUCAGGUUGCGCCCAUUUAA